GUUACCCUAAGCCAGCCCCAAAAACCAACCCUAAGAAUUCCAACUAAAACUAAAAACUGAUCAGGAAUCUCUCUCUCUCUCUCUCUCUCUCUCUCUGUGAAUCUUACAAUUACAGUCUCUCUGUGUCUCCAUUGACAAGGGUUUUCUAUAUAUACAAACGCUUAGCUAUACAUACAUACAUAUAUAUAUAUAUAUAGAUAUACAAUGGGAAGAGAGAGAGAGGUGGCUCAAAAGCAGCAGCAGUCGGCGACGUCGUUCACGGUGGAGCAGCUCGUGGCCGUCAAUCCCUACAAUCCUGACAUCCUUCCCGAUCUCGAAAACUACGUCAACGAGCAGGUUUCAUCACAAACAUACAGUCUGGAUGCAAAUCUUUGCCUCCUUCGUCUCUAUCAGUUUGAACCAGAGCGAAUGAGUACCCAAAUUGUUGCCCGCAUUUUGGUCAAGGCUCUUAUGGCAAUGCCUGCCCCAGAUUUCAGCCUGUGCCUCUUUUUAAUCCCCGAACGAGUGCAAAUGGAGGAACAGUUCAAGACACUAAUUGUUCUUUCACACUAUUUGGAGACUGCAAGAUUUCGUCAGUUCUGGGACGAAGCAGCUAAAAGUCGUCACCUUGUCGAAGUUGUGCCUGGUUUUGAGCAAGCAGUCCAAGCCUAUGCAAUUCAUGUCCUUUCGCUGACUUACCAAAAGGUUCCAAGGUCUAUUCUUGCUGAGGCUAUCAAUAUUGAAGGGCUUUCCCUGGACAAAUUCCUGGAGCAUCAGGUAGUGAACUGCGGUUGGAUACUCGAGAAGGGUCAAGGCAGGGGCCAACUCAUUGUCCUACCACGCAAUGAGUUCAACCAUCCGGAGUUGAAGAAGAACGGUGCAGAUAGCAUUCCAUUGGAGCACAUUACCCGUAUCUUUCCCAUCCUUGGCUGAACUAUAACUAUCUGUUCAGAGAGGGCUUUUGAACUUCUUUUUUAGUUCUCCUUUACUUUUGAAGUGUUGGUUGGAUUGGGUUAUUAGUAUUUAUUGGGCUGAGUUGCAGCACCUCCCCUUCAUCCGCAGGCACUAAGAUGUUGAAUUUUGGCGACUCUUCAGCUUUUAUUUUAUACUCAAGUAACUUAUUAGUUCAGUGCCUUGAAAAAGUGUUGGAAAUGGUUAAUAAACUGUUUCAUGGAUUAUGAUUUUAAUUUUGAUUUUGCGUA